AUGGACGGAUUGUAUAUACAUUGUAUUGCUGUAUGGAUUUGUUUCUGCUCCAUCGUAUACGGCAUUACCUGUCCCAAGCCGAAGCGAUACGGUAGGCCGCCGCCAGAGAACUGUCGCGAGCCAAUGGAUCCAAACCUGAAGCCGAAGUCGGCAUUGGAGAAGUGGUUCACAAAAGAAAUGUUUGAGGUAAUUACUAAUACUUUUGUGUAUAACCUUGUGUUUUUAUUCUACUGUAGUAUGUGUUUAACAGUGUGUCGUAGCUGUUCUUAUGUAAAAGAACAUUCUGUCAUAGACCUAACGUUCACCUUUUUAGGACUUUUUCCCAAAAGCGAACCACGGUUGGGGCCUUCACAAGUGUCAACCUUACUCAUACGACUCCUUCAUAUUGGCUGCACGAUACUUUCCAGAAUUUGGAGCCGGAAUCAAAGGAGGGAAACCACCGUACACAACACGAGAUCUACAGCGACGUGAUGUCGCUGCCUUCUUCGCUCAUGUCAUUGCCGAAACUGGAGAGAACGACCUCAGAUUGUACACGUAAGACCUUCGUAAUGUACUAUCUAAAUUUUGAAUGACAGCACUUUUGAAAACGGUGCCAUUUAAAUUCAUGUUAUGGUGCACGAUACCUACAAAAACGUCCUAUAUUAACCACCAUAUCGUACUUUUAGUCUAAUAAAGAACCCAAAACUAGCAGACGAAUGUUUCUACCGUGGCGGACUGUACCAUUUCUUCGAAGGUGGUCCCAAGUCCAGACUCUUCUCGUCUUCGCGACACGGAUUCUCGUUAGACGAGGGAGAGUCUUGCAUAGAAGACGGCCGAUAUUGUGCAACCAACCCAGAAGUAGACUUCUGGUACCCUUGCAAUCAGCCCAACCGUCAGUCCAGUCUGAAUCAUACUACGUAUUCUGGCUGUUACUUUGGUAGAGGGCCGCUACAGCUAUCGUGGAAUUACAAUUACGGUCAAUUCCAACAGUUUCUACACACUCACGGUAUCGACGUAGAUCUGUUGUCAAACCCGAAUGAGCUACUCACCAAGAAUGACCCACCUUUAGCUAUGUUGUCAGCUUUGUGGUUCUACAUGACGCCACAACCACCGAAGCCAUCUAUGCAUGAUAUUAUGAUGGGUAAGUUAUUAUUAUUUCAAUAUCUUGUUUUAGAACUGUUAAAACAAUAUAAACAAGAUGUUCAUCAUGUUAAACAUUUAGUAUAUACAGUAGUAUGGAAUUGUAUUCAAUUCUUACUAUAAUAUAGUAUAUGAAUCAGCAUACCUAAUGUCAUACUUCAGGAAACUGGCAUCCAAGUGAGAAAAACAAGCGAGCUGACUACAAAGGUUCCGUCUUUGGUCCCACGAACCUUGUCAUCAACAACGAAUGUGGUGGAGAAGACGAAGAGACGCCAGGAGGCCCAAAAGAAAACAGAAGGAUCAAGGCCUUCAGAUGGUUUUGCGAUAAGCUUGGAAUUGAACCAGGGAUCAGUAGAACCCUUUCAUGUAAAGGUAAACUCUGAUCUAUGUUUAAAUUAUAAUGACUUCCUAGUAUGUUCUCAUGAUAACAAAUAAUCAAUCAUAAACACUAUAUUACCUAUACAUCAAUCACUUUACAGGUAUGGUGAACGGAUUCGACGCCAUCCAACAAAAGCUGUCCUGGCAGCCGGACUGGGCCAAUAUGUGGAAGGCUGAGCCUUGUGACUGUGCUCCAGCACCGUACCCCGGCGUUAUACCGUACUACGAACCCAAACUGUACCGUGCUCACGCUGUCAGAGACAACGACAGAAACCGGUUACGGUGUGUAUUCAGUAUCUACAGGAACCCUGACAUCUACCGUAUCGACCAGAACAACUCACCGUGCCUGAAUCACACUGUAAAGAUACGAUUGAGCAGGUUCGGACCAGAGUAA